CAACUUUUCCCUGCUCUUACCCAGGCAAGUCGAGAAGCCCUCGGACAGCUUCUGCAGUCUCCCUGUCCCUCGAUCAAGAGUAUUCUCUGCAAACUCAGAGCAUCUACAGUCCCCAGAACAGAUUCAGGAUGCGGCCAGGACAGGCAGGGGGCGCGCCACUGCCGCUGCCGCUGCGGCUGAGGCUGGUGUUAGCGUUCAGUCAAGGCAUUUUCAGUUGUUGCUUGGCAUACAAUGUUGGUCUCCCAGAAGCAAAAAUAUUUUCCGGUCCUUCAAGUGAGCAGUUUGGCUAUGCAGUGCAGCAGUUUAUAAAUCCAAAAGGCAACUGGUUACUGGUUGGUUCACCCUGGAGUGGUUUUCCUAAAAACCGAAUGGGAGAUGUGUACAAAUGCCCUGUUGACCUGUCCACCGCUACCUGUGAAAAACUGAAUUUGCAAACUUCAACAAGAAUACCAAAUGUUACUGAGAUAAAAACCAACAUGAACCUUGGCUUGACCCUCAAACGGAACAUGGGAACUGGAGGGUUUCUUACAUGUGGUCCCCUGUGGGCACAGCAGUGUGGAAAUCAGUAUUAUACAACUGGUAUGUGUUCUGACGUCAGUCCUGAUUUUCAGCUCUCAGCCAGCUUCUCACCUGCAGUUCAGACCUGCCCUUCCUUAAUAGAUGUUGUGGUUGUGUGUGAUGAAUCAAACAGUAUUUAUCCAUGGGAUGCAGUAAAGAAUUUUUUGGAAAAAUUUGUGCAAGGCCUAGAUAUAGGCCCCAAGAAGACACAGGUGGGGUUAAUUCAAUAUGCCAACAAUCCAAGAGUUGUGUUUAACCUGAAUACUUUUGCGACCAAAGAUGAAAUGAUUGCAGCAACAUCCCAGACAUCCCAGUAUGGUGGGGACCUCACAAACACCUUCAAAGCAAUUCAGUUUGCAAGAGAUUUUGCUUAUUCAGCAGCUUCUGGUGGACGACCAAGAGCUACCAAAGUAAUGGUGGUUGUGACUGAUGGGGAGUCCCAUGAUGGUUCAAUGCUGAAGGAUGUGAUUGAGCAAUGCAACAACGACAAUAUACUGAGAUUUGGCAUAGCAGUUCUUGGGUAUUUAAACAGAAAUGCCCUUGAUACUAAAAAUUUAAUAAAAGAAAUCAAAGCCAUUGCUAGUGUUCCAACAGAAAGAUACUUUUUCAAUGUGUCUGAUGAAGCAGCUCUUCUGGAAAAGGCCGGGACAUUAGGAGAACAAAUUUUCGGCAUUGAAGGUACUGUUCAAGGAGGAGACAACUUCCAGAUGGAAAUGUCACAAGUAGGAUUCAGCGCGGAUUACUCUCCUCAAAAUGAUAUUCUGAUGCUAGGAGCAGUUGGAGCUUUUGACUGGAGUGGGACUAUUGUCCGGGGGACAUCUCAUGGAUAUUCAAUCUUUCCUAAACAAGCCUUUGACCAGAUUCUGCAGGAUAGAAAUCACAGUUCAUAUUUAGGUUAUUCUGUGGCUGCAAUUUCUACUGAAAAAAAUGUCCACUUUGUUGCUGGUGCUCCUAGAGCAAAUUACACUGGCCAGAUAGUUCUGUACACUGUUAAUGAGAAUGGCAAUGUCACAAUUAUCCAGGCUCACAGAGGGGACCAGCUUGGCUCCUAUUUUGGUAGUGUGCUGUGUUCAGUUGACGUGGAUAAAGACACCAUUACAGAUGUGCUCUUGGUUGGGGCACCAAUGUACAUGAAUGACCUCAAGAAAGAGGAAGGAAGAGUCUACCUGUUUACUAUUGUAAAGGGCAUUUUGAAUCAACACCAAUUUCUAGAAGGCCCCAAGGGCUUUGAAAACGCUAGGUUUGGUUCCGCAAUUGCAGCUUUGUCAGACAUCAACAUGGAUGGCUUUAAUGAUGUGAUCAUCGGUUCACCUUUAGAAAAUCAGAAUUCUGGAGCUGUGUACAUUUACAAUGGUCAUGAGGACACCAUUCGCACAAAGUAUUCCCAGAAAAUCUUGGGAUCUGAUGGAGCCUUUAGGAGCCAUCUCCAGUUCUUUGGGAGAUCCUUGGAUGGCUAUGGAGACUUAAAUGGGGAUUCCAUCACUGAUGUGUCCAUCGGUGCUUUUGGACAAGUGGUUCAACUCUGGUCACAGAGUAUUGCUGAUGUGGCUGUGAAAGCUACAUUCACACCAGAAAAAAUCACUUUGUUCAACAAGAAUGCUCAGAUAAUCCUCAAACUCUGCUUCAGUGCAAAGUUUAGACCUACUAGGCAAAACAAUCAAGUGGCUAUUAUGUAUAACAUCACACUUGAUGCAGAUAGAUAUUCAUCCAGAGUAACCUCCAGAGGUUUAUUUAAAGAAAAUAAUGAAAGGUGCUUGCAGAAGAAUAUGGUAGUAAAUCAAGCACAGAGUUGCUCUGAGUACAUCAUUCUUAUACAGAAACCCUCUGAUGUUGUAAAUUCUUUGGAUCUGCGUGUGGAUAUCAGUCUUGAAAAUGCUGGCACUAGCCCUGCCCUGGAAGCCUAUUCUGACACAGUCAAGGUCUUCAGUAUCCCUUUCUAUAAAGAUUGUGGUGACGAUGGACUUUGCAUCUCUGACCUGGUUCUAGAUGUCCAACAACUACCAGCUGUUCAAGAACAAUCCUUUAUUGUCAACAAUCAAAAUAAAAGGUUAACAUUUUCAGUAACACUGAAAAACAAAAAGGAAAGUGCCUACAACACUGGAAUUGUUGCUAAUUUUUCAGAAAACUUGUUUUUUGCUUCAUUCUCCAUGCCGGCUGAUGGUACAGAAGUAACAUGUGAAGUUGGUUCAUCUCAGAAGUUUCUUUCCUGUGAUGUGGGCUACCCUGCUUUGAAGAGGGAACAACAGGUGACUUUUACUAUUAACUUCGACUUUGACCUUCAAAACCUUCGGAAUCAGGCAUCUAUAAGUUUCCAAGCCUUAAGUGAAAGCCAGGAAGCAAACAAUGCAGAUAACUCAGUCAACCUCAAAAUUCCUCUCCUGUAUGAUGCUGAAAUUCACUUAACCAGAUCCACCAACAUAAAUUUUUAUGAAGUUUACUCAGAUGUGAAUGUUCCUUCUAUCGUGCACAAUUUUGAAGAUAUUGGUCCAAAAUUCAUCUUUUCUCUUAAGGUAACAACAGGAAGUAUUCCAGUGAGCAUGGCAUCUGUAAUCAUUCAUAUCCCUCAGUACACCAAAGAAAAGAAUCCAUUGAUGUACCUGACUGGGGUGCACGUAGACCGGGCUGGUGACAUCAGCUGUAAAGCAGAAAUAAAUCCUCUCAAACUAGGACAGACUUCUUCAUCUGUGUCCUUCAAGAGUGAAAAUUUCCGGCACACUAAAGAGUUGAACUGCAGAACUGCCUCCUGUAGUAAUGUCACCUGCUGGCUGAAAGACCUUCACAUGAAAGGAGAAUAUUUCAUUAACGUGUCUACCAGAAUUUGGAACAGGACUUUUGCAGCAUCGACUUUCCAGACAGUACAGCUGACAGCAGCUGCAGAAAUUGACACCCAUAACCCUCAGAUAUAUGUGAUCGAAGAAAACACUGUCACGAUCCCCCUUAUGAUAACAAAACCUGACGAGAAAGCUGAAGUACCCACAGGAGUUAUAGUAGGAAGUAUAAUUGCCGGAAUCCUUUUGCUGAUGGCCCUGGUUGCUGUUUUGUGGAAGCUUGGCUUCUUCAAAAGAAAAUAUGAAAAAAUGGCCAAAAAUCCAGAUGAGAUUGAUGAGACCACAGAACUCAACAGCUGAACCACUCAGCAGAUGCUUCUGUAGUGGGAACUGGCGGCAUCCCAGCUGGGGUUUUCUGUGAUGGUGAAUGGGGUUCUUCUUAAGUCCGAGUUUCUUAAUAUGUAAUAGGUAAACUAGCUUGAUAUUUGAAGAGAAACUGCUGGUCAGUUUGAAAGGAAGAAAUUGUGGGUGGGGGCUUAGGAUAUAAAGGGUAAAAAACUUAUUUUCUACGGGGAAGAAAAAAAUCAAUCUUUAAACUGGCUGGUCCAGGGUUUACAUUCUAAUGUGUAUUAUGUCACAAAGAUGAUGAAAUGCUUCCAGGCAUGAUAAGUCUUAAAUAAAUUCUAAUAUUUUCUCAGAAUUUGGGGGGUGGGGAAUGCUAUCUUUAAAAUGAUUGAUUUAAAUAGCAACCCUAAAAAUGGAAGUACCCAGUAUAUAUAUUAUAUAUAAUUAUAUAUUAUACAAAGAUUAUAUCAUAUAUAAUAAUUAUAUAUUAUCUAUAUAUCACGUAAUUUUGUAUAGUAUUAUAUAAUGUAUAAUACUGUAUAAUAUAUUAUACAUAUUAUAUAUAAUAUAUAUUAUAUUAGGUACUUCCAUGUGUGUAUGAGUGUGUGUGUGUGUGUGUGUGUGUGUGAAAUUAUCAUGUUAACAAGAGGGCAAAAAAGCUAACAUGUUGUUUUUCAAUUUAUGCUGCUCAUCCAAAGUUGCCAGAGAAGAUACUUUUAAGUGAUAAUUUUAUUUGUAUAAACUCGGUAAAUUAUGCCAUUGGUUCUUUCCAGUCUCAGACUCCAGCUGCCUCUUCAGAAUCCUAUCUCACUUUAAUUGUCAAAACACGGCUGAGUAACUAAAAGCUUAGAAUAUACCUCCUACAAAGAAAAUCUCCAUUUAAAUCGGAGAAGGGAACAGUGUAAAGGCCAAGGCACAAAACUUUGCUUAUAUAAAUGAUUAUAUUACAAGUUUCUUUUCUGCAAUCAUUAAAAGAAUUAUUUAUUAAAUUGUAAAAACAAACAUUAAAAUGACCAAGUUUGAACCUGGGCUGGAUGGUGUGAGCAUAUGAGGGACAUGGGGAACUGUCCAUCAAGCUCCAGCUGUAGUCCUGGGGCCAUGAUCCUCUUAGAGAGCAGUGGUCCUGACAGUGCCUCUGGAGAUGACUCUUACCUCACUAGCUCCACGUUUCAGACUUAGAAUUUGUCUUUCACUUUUUAUAUUGAAGUGUUGCAUUGUGGGUACUGGGCUUCCUUCCUCUUUUCUUUAUUUUUUUUUUUUUUUAAUAACAAAUGUUUGGUAACACUGUUGUCUGCUGGAGGCCCAGCCUGUGCCAAAGGAAGGAGGAAAUGUCCUUUCUUUUAGGAUGCACAACAGUUAGUACCUAGUGAAUUUUUGAAAAAGGAGCAAUUUCUUUAGCAUCCUUCCUCUCCCCUUUCUGAAACAUUCCCUCACCCUUUGAUUCCCAGUCUGGUACGGGUCCCCUGCAGCUACCUUCCUCUUCCAUUGUUGUUAUCCAUCUUACUUCACCCUUCAUCCAAAUGUCCCAUGCCCUGGUUAGCUGCUCCAUACCACAUGUUAACAAGAAAAAGUCAUUUGUUCAGUUUACACAUCUGGGUGAAUUACUGAACAAGCUCAACGUCAGGGAACUAUUUUUGCUUAUUGCUAAGUAAGAAAGAAAAAUAGUGUUGAGUAAAUUUCUAAAUGUUGGAAUUUCAGGCAGUAUAAACAAGGUAGAAUAAAACAACAUUUUGGAAAUUUGCAAGAAAUCACAGAGACGUUGGAAAUGACCAUACUAGAAGGUGCACCCUCUGUGCUUGUCUUGUUUCUACAAGAGUCAUCUUCAUAUAGGCAACCUUGUUCAAAAUAUUAUUAAGCCCCAGUUUCUGAGGUUCUUAUCUGAUCAGAUUGGAAUGAGGUCCGAUAAUCUGCAUAUUGAUAAGUACUCCAUCAUUACACUGUAAAUGGACCACACUUUGAGGAAGCCCACCCUUUUCUACCUUUUGUUCCCUUUUUUCUCCAUUUCUGAGCCUGCAUAUUCUCUAGACUUCGAAGACUUGGAUGAAAAAAGCAUAGGCAAGAGCAGUGAGGACCAUUACAUGCCCAAUGCUUUGGACAAAGUCUUCAACCUCUAUGUCUUCAGUGUCCUCAUUAUAAAAUUGGAAGACUGGGCUGGAGCUCAGCAGUGAUGCUUUAGAUUUUAAAACUAUAUGAUCCAGACUUCCUACAAUACAAAUAGACAAUCUUCCAUGAAUUUGACUUGGAGGAGAUGUCAAAGGAAAAUAGGAAUUUGUCCUUGUGCAUAUGGUGGCCUUGGCUGCCUUACUGACCUGGCCAGAGAUAGCUCUGGACUAUUUAAUGACUUACUUUGUAUUUGACAAAGUAAAACAAACAAGAAAAAAUAUUUAGCCAUAAAAUGUCAGGGGUUUAUAGCAAAAACAGCAUGGUUUUCUCUAGUGAAGCAUGCCAUAGCAUCUGAUUCUUUUAACAGCUGUGUGGACUGUUUCAUUCCAACCAAAUUUUUAUUAAAAAAAAAAAAAAUGGAGGAACUAGUCCUUAGGCUGACAAGGAGUAUUUAACAAACCAAGUAACUACUGCAUAUAUGCACACUAUUUUUUUCAAUGUGAUUUACAAAGAACAAUGGCACAUCAUUCCUUUGAUUUCACUCGCCUCACCUUCCUUAGAUAAGGGUAAGCUAAGGUGAUAUCACACAUUGAGCUUGAGAGCUCUAACUAGCCUUGGCUUAGGUAACCAGCCUAGAUUACAGUCUCCAUGGAGUUGGUAGAUUACCAACUAAAAAUUAGCCACUUGUCUCCACAUAUAUCACUCUAGGGCAGGGUUUUCAGCCUUAGUACUAUUGUUUGGAGCCGGAUGGUUUUCAUGGGAGUGAGGUGGUGGGCUGUCCUAUGUCUUGUAGGAUGUUUAGCAGUAUCCUUGGCCUCUAUCUACUAGGUGCUAGGUAGCAUCCUCCAGGCACAGCCAUGACAAUCAUAAAAUGUCUCCAGACAUUGCCAAAUGACUCCCAGGAGGAGUGAAUUUCUCAAGCACUUCUAAACAAACUGAGUAUACAUCCAAGAAAUUAAGGGAGAAAAACAGAAGUUGUGUGUUCCAUUCAACCACACUUUUGCUUUAAAAGUAAGUAUAGGCUUAAAAGAUGUCCUGUUAAAAUUUCCAUUUCAUAAAUGGUACAUAGACAGGUGUAUAAAGUGUCAUGAAAACUAGAGUUUCAUGCUUGGCUGCCACAUAAGCUUUAUAAAACAGUAACAUAGAAAAAUAACUUAAGGAAGAAACUUCAUUGAGAUUUAAAAUGUACUUUACUCAUUUUAGCUGUAAACUGAGAACUCCUAACUGGACAGAAAUCUUUCCAGCUAGAAGUGUUAUUUUUAUAAAAAUAGUGAAAUAUAUCUAUUAACUGUGAAAAGUAAAUAAAACAAAGAAAUUUAUUAUAAUUACACAAGUGAUUAUAGAUUACUUAAACUGAGCUUUCUGAUUCCUCCUUAAUAUUUAAAUUUGUAUAAACAAUUAUAGUAUUAUACCCAAUAUAAUACAUUCAGGACUAUUCACUUUAAUCAGUUUGAAAAAUUAAAACAUCUAGAGGUGAAAGAUAAGAAUGGGGGUAAAGUUUGAAAUAAAUAAAAAUGUUAAUUACUUCUUUGAAUUUUAAAUAAAAAUGUAGCCAUUAUGUAAAUAUAAAAAGUAUCAUAUGUACUUGAUUCAUUUUGGCAGAUGAAGUCAAAAUAUAAAUGUAUAUAUUGCACGACUAUGUUGAAACUGUAUAUUUUUUAAAAAAGAAGUUGUCUUAGUUCCUUUAUAUAAAUGUUUGCUUUUUAUAAUUAAAAUGUUUUGCCUUUUUCCUCUCCACCAAAACUAUAAAAAUGAAUGUAUACAUUUUGUACAUCAAGUUGCACAAUUUAUUUGAUUUAAUCAGAAUGGUAAUCAACAAAAACUAAUGGCUUUUUUCAUAUCAAAGCAUGAGAACAGAACAGAAAACCACUUUUUUCAUACCACAUUAUAGAAUAUCAUUUAUUAAAGUUGUUUUGAAUAUAAAGCUAUUUUGUUUUGGUGUUUUACACAUUAUGCAUUUCACAGUAUUUGUCUUAUGGACUCACUUUGCCUCAGAACACAUUAAAGGUUCAAUUUAAAAAGACUAAGAAUAUUAGUAGCCACAGGUGUCUAGUCUUAUAAGAAAAAAAAACCCAGCCAAACUGCUGCAACAUCCAAAAGCAGAGUCAUAAGUAUAAUUAAAAAGAAAGAAAAAAAAAAAAACUUUGGAGUAACCAGGAGGGG